CCCCUCCCCCAUUCGGCCUCUACGUCACUCGUCUGGUGCGCCUCCCGCCGAUCGUGCUCCAUGCUGUCAACGUCGUUUCUGCGUUCGGUUCCUGCUCUUCUCCGCCGCUUCCUCUGCUCCAGUCUUGCUGUCCGGUGCUGCUCCUCGCCGCGUCCUCGGUCACUGCAGCUGCCUUCUUACUUGGCCCGUCACACCAUUCCAGUGCUUGGUACUGUUGUAGACCCAUCUGCAGCUGUUUUGGUUCUUGCUGUCACUGUACUCUUGUGCAUGGGAAUCAAGGAGAGCUCAUUGGCGCAAGCCAUUGUUACAACAGUGAAUAUAUGUGGGAUGCUGUUUAUCAUAAUAGUGGGCGGAUAUUUGGCUUUUAAGACUGGAUGGAUUGGUUAUGAACUUCCUAGUGGGUACUUCCCUCUUGGUUUAAAUGGGAUGCUUGGAGGCUCUGCUGUAGUAUUCUUUUCAUUCAUUGGUUUUGACGUUGUUGCUAGCACAGCUGAAGAGGUAAACCUUGUUGAACUGGAAGAGUGAAUGUUAGUGGAAAGAGGAAAUUGUUUACACAAGCAAGUACUCCUGAACUCUUUUUGUUUACUUAGUCUGGAAGCAGGGAAGUGAUAUAGUUCCUCAAAUAAUGAAAAUGAAAAUCUGCAAGGAAUUUACCGAUUUUUGGCAUAUAUAUUGUAUUUUACUUUUUAAGGCUUAUUAGUUGCUUUGGGCUGUGAUCAAUGUUCCUAUAAGUUGUUUAGAAAUUUCAAAAAAGCUGUGUGUGAUUCCAAAUAUAGAGCUUGGUUGAUUCUGUUUAUAUAAAAUAAUGAAAACCUCUUUGGGAGGAUUUGCAUUGGAUUUUGCAGGGCUCAUUUUGCUACAAGCAUGUGAUAAUGUUUUUCAUUUUGGAUUUUCAAAUGGAAUGCUUGUAGAAGAACUCCUGGUAGUGGAUUUUCUUAAAAAAAAAAAUUUGGGAACUUCUUUUGCUUGAUUAAUGUUUCAAAUGUAGAAUGUCAUGUGGUAGUUCUUUCUAUUUGAAGAGGCUUUGUUGUCCUAAAUAAGGUCCAAGAGGGGGUUGAAUUGGACUCUUUUUAAACAACAAUAGCAACCCAAAAUUCUCUAGCAACCCAAAGUGAAGGAAAUAUUAAUACGUAUAACUCUUUGUUUCUUCUGAAAUUUAUUUUUCUGCUUUGUGAUAUCAUCUUCAGCUUGGUCCUAAUUUGUAAGGUUAACCACACUGUCUUAGGUUUUGACUGUAGAAGGUCUUCAGCACCUUGGGUUUCUGAUUCAAUUUGGUGAUAAGGGUUCUGAAAGAGUUUCAUUAAGUCAAGCUGCUCCAUUUUUUGCCAAUUCAGAUCCUGACAUGCUUGCAGUUCCUGUUCCUGCAGUACAAGUCCAUGAUUGGGUUUUGCAGAAUAUAGCCUCUGCUUUGGAACAUAUCACUGAAAGAAUUUCUGCAAAAGAAAAUGGGCCAUCGAGUUUCUUUGAUAAUGAUGUUGCCAUGGCUGAUGCCUGCACAAGUUCAAUCAAGGGCUCGCCAAGUGCAA